AACGUCGGUUGUCAGUCCCACUGGUCACUCACCACUUUCAAUGGCCCGAAGAUAUAUGAUUCCCUGGGUCUAUGACCUGGGUGUCUGGGUCUUCACUUUUUGUCUCGACAUUUUCUUUCGUGAAGUCUAUUCCCGUGGAGCAUGGCGCGUGCCCCGGCGCGGGCCCGUCAUUAUCGUGGCCGCCCCCCAUGCCAACCAAUUUGUCGACUCGAUCCUACUGAUGCGCAUCUUGAAAGAAUCGGCCUCCCGUCGCAGCUCUUUCCUGAUUGCCGAGAAGUCUAUGAACGAGCCGUAUAUCGGCACGAUGGCCGGUUGCAUGGGCGCCCUGCCCGUGGUGCGCGCCAUGGACAAAGUCACCUCAGCGGAGGGCCAGAUCUAUCUGCCUGAUCCCGAAGGUGAUCCGACGCUGGUACGCGGUCGCGGUACCGACUUCACCACGGAGAAGUUCAUGCCAGGCGGGGCGAUCAUCCUGCCCCGCGUUGGGCGCACCAGUCCGGAACAGCGGCCCAUUGCCGAGAUCCUGGGACCCGACGAGUUGCGACUGCGGAAACCAUUCAAGGAAUUUCCCGAGGACCACCCGCUGCGGGAUGCCCUGCGGACGGGGACGACUUUCAAGGUAGCCCCGCACAUCGACCAGAAUCGCAUGUUUGAUGCGGUGUAUCAGGAGCUGCUGGCCGGCGGCUGCAUUGGCAUUUUCCCCGAAGGCGGUAGCCAUGAUAGGCCGAACCUGUUACCGCUGAAAGCCGGUGUGUCCAUCAUGGCAUUGGGGGCGCUGGCACGGGAUCCCACCUGCGGCCUGUCGAUCAUCCCCUGCGGAAUGAAUUAUUUCCAUCCAAACAAGUUCCGGUCGAGGGCCGUCGUCGAGUUUGGGAACCCGGUGCAGGUACAUCCCGAUCAAAUUUCCGCCUUCCAGGCCGGCGGCAAAGCAAAGCGCGACGCCGUGGGCUCUUUGCUGGAGACCAUCGAGAAGGCCCUGGGCACGGUGACCCAACAGGCCCCGGACCCCGAGACGUUGAUGGUGAUCCAGGCCACCCGGCGACUUUAUCGGCCCCUGCGGAUGAAGUUACCGCUGCCGAUCGUUGUCGAGUUGAACCGGCGGCUACUCAAGGGGUACACCCAGUUCCAGGAUGAACCGCAAGUCGUCCAGCUGAAAAAAGCCAUCGCCUCAUACAACCGGCGGCUCCGCGCUCUGGGGAUUCGUGACCACCAGGUGGAAUGGGGAGAUGCCCACCGACACUGGUGGGCGAUUCUGGCGACGUUAAUCUACCGUGUCGGAGAAAUUCUGGUCCUCGCCGUCGGGAGUUUGCCCUCCGUCGCAUUGUUUUGGCCCGUGUUUGUCACGGCGAAAGUCAUCUCGGUGAAGAAACAAAGAGCGGCACUGGCGGGAUCGGUCGUCAAGCUGCAGGGGAGAGAUGUGGUGGGGACCUGGAAGAUCCUUGUCGCCAUGGGCUUGGCCCCGGCCCUCUAUAUCUGGUACACCGCCGUGGCGACCGUGUGGCUUCAAUACUGCCGUGCCGAGCGGUAUCUUGUUACGACAGUGCCCUGGUGGAUGAACGCCCGGGUCUACAUCCCCGAUGCGGUCCCCCUCUGGGCUUUCGCUGUCUUCUUUGCCGGUCUCAUGGUCGCUGUCUCGUUUGCCGGGCUACGAAUUGGAGAAAAGGGUGGCGAUGUGCUCAAGUCAUUACCCCCACUUCUGGUGGCACUGAGUCCUAUUUCGUCAACUUCCUUGGUACGACUACGAGCGGAGCGCCAGGCACUGUCCGCCCAGGUGGUGCAUACCGUUGACACCCUGGCUCCGGAGAUCUUCCCAGAUUUCGAAUCGGAAAAGCUGAUCACGCACGGAUCGUUCCACGACGACGCCUACCAGUCCAAUCUGAAGAGCAUGCCGUCUACGUCCCCGCCGAGUCGCAACCGGAGUGAAAGCCGAGGCACUGAGGGUGACUCGCGCCCGCGGGGGUUCGGCGACCUCCUCAAACCGCUGACUAUCGGAUCACCGGAGGAUCUAGGGGAGGUGAACCGGAAGAUCCGGGACUCGAUGCAAGAUCGCGGGCGACGUCGGCGACAGAGUGACUUGAUGGAUGAAGAUGCGCCCGCGACGGAGGAGAAGAAAGACCGGUGACGAUGCAGUCAGUAGGGGUUGUUGUAUGAUAGGUGACAGAAGCUCGGGGCGGGUAUUGGUGGCCUUUCCAGCGUUAAGCAAGUUAUGUAUGAAUUAUGACCGAGGAGCGUAUAUAGCGGUUUUCAUGGCCAAUGCAUUGCUACUAGAAAGAUUGGCGCCCCGGAUUUGAUCGCACGCUGGGACAAGAGGGUCUUUUCCGCAACCGGAUUGCCCUAAAUCCGGGUCGAGUUCGCAGAAUUACUCGAUAAGAGACGAUCUACUCCAGAAGCGGAUCAACGGCAGCUUAGUCUAAUCCGGGUGCUCGAUCACAAAUGGACAUUUACGAGGCCUGCGAAAUCCUACCAGGACACCGAAUCCGGAAGCUCUC